GCCAGCGGCACCGCAGCCUGCCGGCCCCCGUCGGCGAGCGGCCGGGCCGGAAGUGACGUCGCGCCACUUCCGCUGCCGGCGCGGGCUGCUGAGGGGCUUCGGCGGGCUGGGCCCGGACGCGGGGUGUGAGCGAGCCAAAACUAUGAGUGAAUUUCGGAUUCACCAUGACGUCAAUGAGCUGCUCAGCUUGCUGCGUGUCCACGGAGGGGAUGGCGCUGAGGUCUAUAUCGACCUGCUGCAGAAGAAUAGGACCCCCUAUGUCACAACCACUGUGUCUGCACACAGUGCCAAGGUUAAAAUAGCAGAAUUUUCUCGUACUCCAGAAGAUUUUCUAAAGAAAUAUGAUGAACUGAAAUCUAAAAACACAAGGAACCUUGACCCGCUGGUGUACCUGUUAUCAAAACUUACGGAGGACAGAGAGACUCUGCAGUAUUUACAACAGAAUGCGAAAGAACGCGCCGAGCUUGCAGCCAGCACUGCAGGCAGCGGCUCCACCAACUUCAGUGCCCCUGCCACGGGCUCCAAAAUCUCCAUGCAGGAGCUUGAGGAGCUGAGGAAGCAGCUUGGCAGUGUGGCCACGGGCUCCACGCUACAGCAGUCUCUAGAACUUACAAGAAAGUUGCUUCGAGAUAAGCAGAACAAAAAAAAUUCCGGCCAGCGCCUCCCUGUCUUUCCACCGUGGGUAUAUGAGAGACCCACACUGGUUGGGGAUUUCCUGACUGGCUCAGGCGUGAGCACGGACACGGCUGUGCCUGUAGGCACGCUGCCCCUGGCCUCCCAAGAGUCGGCCGUGGUGGAGGACCUGCUCUAUGUGCUGGUGGGUGUGGACGGCAGGUACAUCACCGCCCAGCCCCUCACUGGGAGGCAGAGCCGCACCUUCCUCGUGGACCCCAACCUCGACCUGUCCAUCAGGGAGCUGGUGAACAGGAUCCUCCCCGUGGCUUCCAGUUACUCCACGGUGACCAGGUUCAUUGAAGAAAAGUCUUCCUUUGAAUACGGACAGGUGAACCAUGCCUUGGCGGCAGCCAUGAGAACCCUAGUGAAGGAGUACCUGAUCCUGGUCACGCAGCUGGAGCAGCUGCAGAGGCAGGGCCUGUUGUCACUUCAGAAGCUCUGGUUCUACAUCCAGCCGGCCAUGCGCACCGUCGACAUCCUGGCCUCCCUUGCCACCUCGGUGGAUAAGGGCGAGUGUGUCGGGGGGUCCACCCUGAGCCUUCUCCACGACCGGAGCUUCAACUACACGGGCGACAGCCAGGCGCAGGAGCUGUGCUUGUACUUAACCAAGGCCGCCAGCGUGCCCUACUUCGAGAUCCUGGAGAAGUGGAUCUAUAGAGGGAUAAUCAAUGACCCCUACAGCGAGUUCAUGGUGGAAGAGCACGAGCUGCGGAAGGAGAAGAUCCAGGAGGACUACAACGACAAGUACUGGGACCAGAGGUACACCGUCGUGCAGCGGCAGAUCCCCUCCUUCCUGCAGAAGAUGGUCGGCAAAGUGCUCAGCACAGGAAAAUAUCUGAAUGUAGUCAGAGAGUGUGGUCACGAUGUCACCUGCCCAGUGGCCAAGGAGAUCAUCUACACUUUGAAGGAGCGAGCAUAUGUUGAGCAAAUCGAGAAGGCUUUUAACUACGCCAGCAAGGUCCUGCUGGCCUUCCUGAUGGAAGAGAAGGAGCUCGUGGCGCACCUGAGGUCCAUCAAGCGCUACUUCCUGAUGGACCAGGGUGACUUCUUUGUGCACUUCAUGGACCUCACCGAGGAGGAGCUGAAGAAGCCAGUGGACGACAUCACGCCCACCCGUCUGGAGGCUCUGCUGGAGCUGGCCUUGCGCAUGAGCACUGCCAACACGGACCCUUUCAAGGAUGACCUCAAGAUCGAUCUGAUGCCUCAUGACCUCAUCACUCAGCUCCUGCGGGUUCUGGCCAUCGAGACCAAGCAGGAGAAGGCGAUGGUCCAUGCUGACCCCACUGAGCUCACGCUGAGCGGCCUAGAGGCCUUCUCUUUUGACUAUGUUGUUAAGUGGCCUCUGUCACUGAUUAUCAAUAGGAAAGCCCUGACCCGCUACCAGAUGCUCUUCAGACACAUGUUCUACUGCAAGCACGUGGAGCGGCAGCUCUGCAACGUCUGGAUCAGCAACAAGGCCGCCAAGCAGUACUCGUUACACUCGGCAAAGUGGUUUGCCGGUGCCUUCACCCUGCGACAGCGGAUGCUCAACUUUGUGCAGAACAUUCAGUAUUACAUGAUGUGUGAAGUGAUGGAGCCAACGUGGCACAUCCUUGAGAAAAACCUGAAGUCUGCGUCCAACAUCGACGACGUGCUGGGUCACCACACGAGCUUCCUGGACAACUGUCUGAAGGACUGCAUGCUGACCAACCCUGAGCUGCUCAAAGUCUUCUCCAGGCUCAUGUCCGUGUGCGUCAUGUUCACCAACUGCAUGCAGAGAUUUACGCAGAGCAUGAAGUUGGACGGUGAGCUGGGCCGGCUGAUGUUGGAGCAUGGCACAAUGCUGGGGCCACCCACGGAGGCCGAGCGGGCGGAGGAGCGUGCCCGCAAGGAGCUCGCUAGGAAGUACCUGGCUGAGCACGUGGACGCCCCUCAGCUGACCUCCAGCUUCGAGGCCACCAUCAACAAGUUUGAUAAGAAUUUCUCGGCACAUCUGCUUGACCUUCUGGCCCGACUGAGCCUCUACAGCACCAGCGACUGUGAGCAUAGCAUGGCCAGCGUCAUCUCCAGGUGGGUGCGGAUGGCCUCCUGCCCCGGCUGCCACGGGCACCAUCCUGUCCCCGUGUGGCCGCGAGUCCCGGGCUUCCCCCGUGCGCCCCCCGCCCCCGCCGUCACCACACAGCUUUGGGCCGCCCCAGGGAGGGAGUGACUGAGGCGGGGUCUGCUUGGGUGUGCGGGCGUUCGUCCCUCACCUCCUGUGCUGCUGCUGGUCACUGCUCACUCCCUGAAGUGACAGAUGCACGUGUGCGGUGGUUUGUGUUCCCUCGUGAGCGUGUGCACCAGUGACCGUCUGUGCCCCCGGCGCUGGUCCCUGUCUGUGGGCCGGGCUGGCUCAGGCUCGCCCAACGCUUUGCUCCCUGAGCCAGGACCCAGGACGCUGGAAGGGCCCCCCAGCCCCCAGCCUUGGGCCGUGCAUGGCGGCAGCAUCACCCCGUUUUCAGAUGAGCAGCCAGGAGGCAGGCAAGGGAAGACAAGACCAGCGGUGCUGCUCAGGCCAGGAAGUCACUGGGAGCCAACAGUGGGGGUCAUGGCAGCGCUUACUAAAGCCUCCUGUUUGGGCUCUUGGGGCUGGCUGUGCCUUGUCACCACUCCUAGGAGGUGUGACAGAGCAUUGCUGGUGACUCUGGGAGGGCCCGUUGGGGAGGACAGUGCAGGAGCGUGAAGACAGGUGCAGGGGGCCAGCAAACUGGUCAGCCAGUUUGUGGUUCUGGGGCCAGCAGAUUCCCAUGACCUGUGGAGCCCGGCAGUGUCCUGGACGCCCCGCUCUACAGAGGGGAGGCAGUGGGUCAGCUGAUUUCCAAGGGAUUGGGGUGGGGGUGUCCUUGCCUGGGAAGGUGUCAGACGGACGUCUGAUAUCCUAAGUACAGGGCCUGGGAGGUGCCUCCAGCCUGUGGCACGCUUGGGCCCUUGUGCCAGGUAAGGCUGGCCCCAACAUCCAGGGGCCGGGGAGGGCUGCCAGGGAGGUGGGUGGGGGGUGGGGGACAGCUCUUCUGCUGGGGUUUUAGCAGAGAAACCGAAGCUAUGCUUCUGCUUAAACCCCUAAUUAGGAGUUUUGGUUGUUCCGCUUUCAGUUUGCAUGUGUGUUUAGGUUCCGAUGUCAGUGUUGCUUGAACCAGGGAAGGCUGUGUGGGUGGGUGUUCCUCGCACCUGGUGCAGAGCCGGCCCUUUGCCUGUGGGGUGGAUCAGUUGCCUGGUGUGGCACCGCAGGGAGGGCACCUCUGCACCUGGGGCAUCUGCAUGGGAGCCCAGCCCCUCUCCUCCCGCAGACUGGACUUCAAUGGCUUCUACACGGAGCGCCUGGAGCGUCUUUCUGCAGAGAGGAGCCAGAAGGCAGCACCCCAGGUGCCUGUCCCACGGGGCCCCCCAGCAUCAGCGCCCAGGGUCGCUGUCACCGCACAGUGAGGCUGCAGGUGCUGUGGAGAAAUGAGUUCAGAACCUUUUACUGGAAUAGCGCUGAACCACCCGUUGUUGCUGUUUAAAUAUAAAGUCUGAAUGUCA